UGACGUGAGCGGGGCAGGGCGGCCGCCCGGAAGCGGCUACACGUGGGGCAGCGGGGCCAUGGGUUCGCGGGAGGCGGUUGCGGCGCUCACGGGGGCUGGCGGGCCGCCCGCCGAGGAGGAGAUGCCUGAGCUCUCCGACGGUGAGGAGGCUUGGGAAGAGGAGGAUGAUGAGGGGGAGGAAGGCGCCGCCGAGGGCCUGCGGACCCGCUGUCUUUUCUGCGAGAGGUUGUUUACUUCUGCUGAGGAUGUAAUCUCCCACUGCAAAACAGAGCAUCAGUUUAGUGUUUGUGAUGUGAUCAAGAAACACGGACUUGAUUUUUAUGGAUACAUUAAAUUAAUAAACUAUGUGAGAUUAAAGAAACCAACAGCAGCAUAUUUGAGUUCAGUCAGCAGCCCACUGCCUUGGGAAGGAGAGGAAUAUUUGAAACCAGAGCUGGAAGAUGAUCUCCUACUUCAGUUUGAUAUAGAAGAUCUUUGCGAACCUGCAAACAUUUUGCCUUCUAAUGGUUUAAAUGAUACCAUGAUGCUCCUUGAACAAUUAAAACAUGCAGAACACAGAGCAAGACUGGCAGAAGCAGCCUUGGCUAGAGCACAAGAUGAUCUCCAAAAAAUGAAGCAAUUUGCACAGGAUUUUGUGAUGAACGCAGAUGUCAGGAGCAGCUCAUCAUCCAGCGCUAUUGCAGACCUUCAGGAGGAUGAGGAUGGUGUUUACUUCAGCUCCUAUGGGCAUUAUGGGAUACACGAAGAGAUGCUAAAGGACAAAGUGCGUACAGAAAGCUAUCGUGACUUCAUCUAUCAAAACCCACAUAUCUUCAAGGACAAGGUGGUUUUGGAUGUUGGCUGUGGAACUGGAAUACUCUCCAUGUUUGCUGCCAAAGCAGGAGCAAAGAAAGUGAUUGGAGUUGACCAAUCUGAAAUUGUCUAUCAGGCCAUGGACAUCAUUAGAUUAAAUAAACUUGAAAAUAUCGUUACAUUAGUCAAAGGAAGAAUCGAAGAAGUAGAUCUGCCUUUGGAAAAAGUGGAUGUAAUUAUCUCUGAAUGGAUGGGUUAUUUCCUUCUCUUUGAGUCAAUGCUGGAUUCUGUCAUCUAUGCGAAGGACAAGUACCUGGCAGAGGGAGGCUCAGUUUAUCCUGACAUUUGCACCAUUAGUCUAGUAGCUGUUGGGGAUAUGAAUAAACAUGUGGACAAGCUACUUUUCUGGGAAGAUGUGUAUGGCUUUGACAUGUCUUGCAUGAAGAAGGCUGUAAUUCCAGAAGCUGUUGUGGAGGUGCUGGAUCCAAACACACUGAUAUCUACAGCCAGUGUCAUUAAGCAUAUUGACUGUAAUACUGCAUCCACUCCAGACUUAGAAUUCUCUUCAGAAUUCACCCUGACCAUUACAGCAAGCACGAAGUGUACGGCAGUUGCUGGUUAUUUUGAUAUAUUUUUUGAGAAGAACUGUCACAAAAAGGUCGUGUUUUCAACUGGUCCCCAGUGUACCAAAACACACUGGAAACAGACAGUUUUUCUCCUGGAGAAACCAAUUCCUGUAGAAUCAGGAGAGGCCCUGAGAGGAAAGAUAACAGUCCGCAAAAACAGAAAGGAUCCUCGGUCCCUCUUUAUAACCCUUUCAGUGAAGGAUGUUCAGCAGACCUACAGCCUUCAGUGAAAAAUCUGUGCCUGUAACUUUGGGAAAUGUUAAAUUUAAAUGUUAGAUUUAACUGUUUGUUUCCAAACACCAAAAAAUGGUAAAUUCUUGGAUUUGUGUAUGUAUAUGUGCACACAAGAAUAUGAAAGGCUUAGCUAGAAUUGAGAGGCUGCUAUUUGGACGCUUUUGCACUGGGAUAGAGACUGACGACAAAAUUGGAUUCUGCUGUGUUUCACGUGAUGUGGGGAAGGCAAGAAAGAUGGGUCUGGGUUACGUGAGACUGGUGAGUGAGAAAAAUCAGAUUAAAGUCUUGCUGUGAGGAUCAAUAAAUAUGAUCUCUCGAUAUAGUUUUAUUCUCCAAUUGGCAAAAUCCUUGUGCAAUUUUUUUUUAGGAAAGAAGCAGCUAGAUCACAUGCCAGCGCACCUGAACAGUAGCUGGAAAAUCCCUGGGGGAAUAAGUUUGGAAUUCCAACUGGAGGAUUGCAGCAAUAAACACUUUAUUACACGUCUAUAAUUAAAAAGUUGUAUCACAUUUCAGUUACAUUUAUCUAAAUAAAUGAACCGAGUAUGUUAUAUAAUGCA